UAAGUUCACCAUCGGGGACAAAAAAAAUAAAACUUGUGUCGAAUCACUCUGCUCCCCCUUUCUUUCUGUCUUUCCCUCAUUUUAUUUCUGUGAGACGGAGCAGCAGCAGCACAGCUUACGAACCAGCGAAGCACCCAGCAGCAAGCAGCAAGCAAAAUGCAAGGAGUCUUUCCCCUUGUCUCAGACAACCGGCACAACUAAGAGGGACACAACAGAGAGAGCGAGAAAGAGAGGGACAGAGAGAUUGGACGAUUGAAUUUAAAGGGCUGCUGUUGCUACAUCUGUGGAAAAAAUAUCCCGUUCCUAUCCUGUCUUGCUGCUACCCCAGGUAUCCUGCCACCCCUCCCCUGCCCUCUGAUACCCUCUGCCUGCCUUGACUGUCCCUGUCACCUCCAUCCCUGAGAGAGAGAGAGCGAGAGAGAGAGAGAGAGACAGAGAGAGACAGAGAGAGAGUUUAAGAAGGACAGAGAAAUUGAGACACAGAAUAUUUAAAGGGCUGCUGGUGUUGUAGAAUAAGAGAUACUGUCCUGUCCCCCUCUUCUCCUGUACUGACGAGAGGCUGAGGUCAUGGUGAUGGUGCCUAGAGCUGCCAUGGUACCUGGAACCUUACUACCCUGCCUCUGCACCCUGCUCUGCCUGGAUCUGCUGUUUCUCCCUGGGCUGGUCGAGCCGUCAGUGCCCCUGGAGGACUUCUACCCCUUUGGCCAGGACUGGGGGGAUUUCCAGACGAUCUCUCAGGACGAUGGAGGCUCAGGCCUGGUGGAGAUCUCUGUGGCGUUCCCCUUCUUUGGUGACAGGCACUCGGGACUCUACGUGAACAACAAUGGUCUGGUCUCGUUCCUCAGAGAGGUAUCUCAGUUCACACCAGUGGCGUUCCCCAUCGCCGGAGACCGGAGGGUUGUGGCAGCGUUCUGGGCUGACGUGGACAACCGGCGGGCGGGACAGGUCUUCUACCGGGAGAGUAAAGACCCGUCUGUCCUCCUGAGGGCCACAGCUGACGUCAAACGAUACUUCUCUGAGUUCCCAGAAUUCACUGCGACGUGGAUCCUCAUCUCAACGUGGCACAAAGUCACCUUCUUUGGAGGAAGUGACAUCACACCGGUGAAUACAUUCCAAUUGGUGAUGAUCACCAACGGAGAGCUAUCCUUCACCAUCUUCCAGUAUCACGCCAUCAGCUGGACUACAGGCAUGCAUGCCAGCAGUGGAGGAGACCUGGCAGGGCUAGGAGGCAUCGCUGCACAGGCAGGUUUUAACGCUGGCGACGGUAAACGAUACUUCAACAUCCCCGGGUCUCGUACUGAUGACAUGGUGGAUGUGGAGGGAACCACCAACGUGGGUUGCCCCGGGAGAUGGGUGUUCCGGAUCGACAACGCACAGGUGGAGGUGGGUGGAUGCAACUACUCAGCGUCUGUGUGUCCACACCUUCGACCCUGUCUGAAUGGAGGUCUCUGUAUUGAUGACUGCAUCACCGGCAAUCCUUCUUUCUCCUGCUCCUGUCUGGCUGGAUUCACCGGAAGGUGGUGCCAGAUAGAUGUGGAGGAGUGUUCGUCCUACCCCUGUCAGAACGGAGGUACCUGCUCAGACCAGGUUAACGGGUUCACCUGCCAGUGUCCACCUGGGUUUACAGGGACAGUCUGCCAAACAGACAUUGACGAGUGUAAAGACAGACCCUGCCUCAACGGAGCGCUGUGUGUGCAAGGUGUCGACAGCUUCACCUGUGUGUGUGAGAGGGGCUACUCUGGGACUCUGUGUGAGACAGACAUGGAUGAGUGUGUUUCCCAGCCCUGCCUGAAUGGAGGACAGUGUAAAGACCAGGUGAAUAGUUACAACUGCACCUGUCCUGUUGCCUUCACCGGGACACGCUGUGAGACGGAGUUGGUGGUGGUCCAGGUGGAGUCAUCAUCGACUCCUCAAACUGAAAAUCUAACAGUGUCUUGUAAAGGGGAGGGCUGUGGGAACCAUUCGACCUGUGAAUACAUCGGCCCAGGGAACUACAACUGUACCUGCGUCCAGGGUUUCUAUGGUGACAACUGUGAAGGAGAGUGUCUGUGCCAGAAUGGAGGGGUCUGUGUGGACGGGACCUGCGACUGCACCUCAGGCUUCACCGGAAUCUACUGUCAGUUUGAGGUGACCCAGACCCCGUGCAGUAACAGCAGGCCGUGUCCUGACGGAGGACCCUGUCUGGAGUACGGAGGAACUUACCUGUGUACCUGUCAGACAGGUGUGGCAGACUUAGAUCACAAGGACUUCUAUCCUCCCUAUGUACAGCCUCGAUCGGUCUGUGAUUCGUCUCCGUGUCUGAACGGAGGCCACUGCUAUGAGAGAGAUGGAGGCUACACCUGCGAGUGCAAAGACGGAUACAGAGGGAAGCACUGUGAGAAAGUCAGACUCAAUACCUGUGCCUCUGGCCCGUGUCGUAACGGAGGCUCCUGUAAAGAGGAGACGGGGAGCUUCCUCUGUGUCUGUCCAUACAGGUUCACUGGCAAACACUGUGAAGUGGGGAGGCCAGACCCGUGCUCCUCCAGCCCCUGUCUGAACGGAGGAACAUGUUUCCACUACAUCGGGAAGUACAAGUGUGAAUGUUCCGGAGCCUUCAGCGGCAGACACUGUGACAUCAGCAGGGGAUCAGCACACCCCACAGCAGACCUGGACUGUGGUCCCCCCCUGCAGGUGAAGCAUGCAGAGCUCCAGUUCUCCUCUACGUCGCCAGGCUCCAUGGCUCUGUACGUCUGCCACCCAGGAUACACCCCCAUGCCCAGGGCCACCCAGAGCAUCUGUGGGGGGCAGGGCGCCUGGAGCCAACCCCCUGUCUGCCAGGAUGUGGAUGAGUGUGUGUCGGAGCCCUGUAAACACGGAGGAACAUGUGAGGACCAGCCGGGUUCCUACUACUGCCACUGCCAACAGGGCUUCAUGGGACAAGACUGUGAAAUAGAACAGGACAGGUGUGAGUCCAGCCCCUGUUUGAACGGCGGUGUGUGUUGGGGAUCCAGGAACAACUACCUGUGUGUGUGUAAAGAAGGAUUCUUGGGGGACCACUGCCAGUCAUUGGAGAAUCCCUGUGUACUGCAGCCGUGUGGGAACAGAGGCCUCUGCCAUAGCGACAGGAGAGGGAACUACAGCUGUAACUGCAGAGUGGGUCACACAGGCAAGGACUGUGAGAGAGACCUGUUGCCUCCCUCUGGUCUGCAUGUACUACGGGUGGAGGAGGAUGAGGUGGUGCUGCGCUGGGACUUGCCGGACCCCUCCUCUCAGAGCCUGGUCAGUGGGUUCGCUGUGACCUACGCACCUCUGGAUCUCCUGGGCCGCGGCAGCGGGACCAGGAAGACUGACUUCCUGGACAAGAAGCAGUCCACCUACCAGCUGCAGGGCCUGGUGCCUGGUCUGCUAUACAACAUCUCUACCUUCUCAGUGAAACGAAACACCAACGGCAACGAUAUCAGCCAGCCAGCCAUCGCUCUCAUACGCACCAGGCCACGGCGGGUGGAUCAGCUGCAGGUAGUCAACGUGUCGUCCUCCCAGGUAUGGCUGAGGUGGCUGGUUCAAGCUGCUCGUCAUGCUACUGUCAGCCAGGUGCGCCUUUCCCUGGUCUCCUGGGACGGUAGUGGAGUUGGCACCGCUCUGCUCAACACCAGCACAAUGGAAUAUGCCUUCAGCUCUCUGCUCCCUGGUCAGAUGUACACGGUGGAUGUUCUAACUCAGAGUGGGAUCGGACCAGACGAGUCACCGUCCACCAGUCACUCUGCUGGACCGCUGCAAGUCUGGACCAGACCCCUCCCCCCUCAGAACCUGUCUCUUUCCCAUGUGACUUCCAACUCUGCCCUGGUGACGUGGGAUCCCCAUCCCAGGAACCUGCCAGACGGCUUCGUGGUCAAUGUGACACGAGGCCUGAGCACCCGGAGUCGUUUCCUACCCAAUGGGAAGUUAGAGACGUAUACACUGAGAGAGCUUUCUCCGGGACAACACUACCACCUAGUCCUCAUGGCUGUUAGGAACACAGGACAGGAACACAUACACAGUGUACCACAACACCUGGCCUUCACCACAUUACCGAUGGGGGAGCGAUGGGGAGGGAGGACGAGGGAGAGACCGUCUGUCGUGGGAACCCCUGUGAGUCAUACACUAACCCCGUCUGAACCUCAGGACCUGGGUGUGACUGGAGAGAGAGAGCACUCUGAAGAGAUGCCCAGAUACACAGAACUGAUUGAUGGAAAGGGGAGGAUAACAGCUAAGUUCACCAGCCUGCCCAGAAAGGUCAUCAGACACCACACUAAGCCUGAGCCUCCUAUUCAGUUACAGAGGAUGGAGGAGACAACUAAUCAAAUGGGCUUUGCACCUGAGAGGAAGGAGGAAGAGGAAGUGCCUGAGUCGUCCCGGGACUGCCAGAGCCUGCCCUGUCUGAACGGGGGUACGUGUGAGAAGGGGAGCGACUCAUACAUCUGCAAUUGCGCAGCUGGGUUCAAGGGCAGGCAGUGUGAGCUGAUCUGCCAACGAGUGCCCCACCCGUGUACCCGCCUCUACUCUGAAACAAAGAGCAUGCCCGUCUGGGUGGGUGAAGUCUGCCAUUACCUGUAUAAAAGGACGUAUAAAGUCCAGCAGGAUGUUUGCUAUCGAGAGAUCUGUGAACCACCGUUGCUGCCCAAGAAAAGCCCCAACAGAAGAACCAACAGCCAAUAAUAAUGGUUGGUUUUCCAUGAUACAUAUCAAAUGUCAUUUGUCACAUGCGCCCCCAUACAACACCUCACCGUGAAAUGCUGACUGACUUACAAGCUUUUUCCUCAAUGAUGCGGAGUUAAAAUAACAAAAUGGAAACAUGAGAAAUAAAACACACUUAGAUGACCCAUGUUGCCCCAGAGAUUGGCCUGCAGGAUGACCCAUGUUGCCCAGAGAUUAGCCUGUAGGAUGACCCAUGUUGCCCAGAGAUUGGCCUGCAGGAUGACCCAUGUUGCCCCAGAGAUUGGCCUGUAGGAUGACCCAUGUUGCCCAGAGAUUGGCCUGUAGGAUGACCCAUGUUGUCCAGAGAUUGGCCUAUAGUAUGACCCAUGUUGCCCAGAGAUUGGCCUGCAGGAUGACCCAUGUUGCCCCAGAGAUUGGCCUGCAGGAUGACCCAUGUUGUCCAGAGAUUAGCCUGUAGGAUGACCCAUGUUGCCCCAGAGAUUGGCCUGUAGGAUGACCCAUGUUGCCCAGAGAUUGGCCUGUAGGAUGACCCAUGUUGCCCCAGAGAUUGGCCUGUAGGAUGACCCAUGUUGCCCCAGAGAUUGGCCUGUAGGAUGACCCAUGUUGCCCAGAGAUUGGCCUGUAGGAUGACCCAUGUUGCCCAGAGAUUGGCCUGUAGGAUGACCCAUGUUGCCCAGAGAUUGGCCUGUAGGAUGACCCAUGUUGCCCAGAGAUUGGCCUGUAGGAUGACCCAUGUUGCCCAGAGAUUGGCCUGUAGGAUGACCCAUGUUGCCCAGAGAUUGGCCUGUAGGAUGACCCAUGUUGCCCCAGAGAUUGGCCUGUAGGAUGACCCAUGUUGCCCAGAGAUUAGCCUGUAGGAUGACCCAUGUUGCCCAGAGAUUAGCCUGUAGGAUGACCCAUGUUGCCCAGAGAUUAGCCUGUAGGAUGACCCAUGUUGUCUAGAGAUUGGCCUGUAGGAUGACCCAUGUUGCCCAGAGAUUAGCCUGUAGGAUGACCCAUGUUGCCCAGAGAUUAGCCUGUAGGAUGACCCAUGUUGCCCCAGAGAUUAGCCUGUAGGAUGACCCAUGUUGCCCAGAGAUUGGCCUGUAGGAUGACCCAUGUUGCCCCAGAGAUUGGCCUGUAGGAUGACCCAUGUUGCCCCAGAGAUUGGCCUGUAGGAUGACCCAUGUUGCCCCAGAGAUUGGCCUGUAGGAUGACCCAUGUUGCCCAGAGAUUGGCCUGCAGGAUGACCCAUGUUGCCCCAGAGAUUGGCCUGUAGGAUGACCCAUGUUGCCCCAGAGAUUGGCCUGUAGGAUGACCCAUGUUGCCCAGAGAUUGGCCUGUAGGAUGACCCAUGUUGCCCCAGAGAUUGGCCUGUAGGAUGACCCAUGUUGCCCCAGAGAUUGGCCUGUAGGAUGACCCAUGUUGUCUAGAGAUUGGCCUGUAGGAUGACCCAUGUUGCCCAGAGAUUGGCCUGUAGGAUGACCCAUGUUGCCCAGAGAUUGGCCUGUAGGAUGACCCAUGUUGUCUAGAGAUUGGCCUGUAGGAUGACCCAUGUUGCCCAGAGAUUGGCCUGUAGGAUGACCCAUGUUGUCUAGAGAUUGGCCUGUAGGAUGACCCAUGUUGUCUAGAGAUUGGCCUGUAGGAUGACCCAUGUUGCCCAGAGAUUGGCCUGU